GAAAUCCCUUGUCGUGCUGUGAGUCUCAUUGUUCUCUUUGAGGUUCUCAUCAAUACCGAACAUAGAAUGGAAGUCCGAAUUUGCGUAGGAAUGAUGCUAAUGAUGAUUUCGAUAACGAUUAUAAAGAUGCAUUCAACAAUGACGCCCAGAACUCAAACUUCAGCAUGGACAAAAUUAAGAGAGGUAGAGGGGGCCAAAGAGAGCAAAAUCUGACAAGGUGCGGAGAUCGGCAAGAUCGUGACUUAAGUAGCAUCAAGAUGAAGAUUCCUCCGUUUCAAGGUAAGAAUGAUCCAAAUGUGUAUUUGGAGUGGGAAAGGAAGAUGGAAUUGGUGUUUGAUUGCCAUAACUAUUCUGAGGAGAAGCAGGUGAAACUAGCAACAGUGGAAUUUACUGAUUAUGUUGUGGUGUGGUGGGAUCAGCUUGUGCUUAGUCGACGUAGAAAUCAAGAGCGUCCCGUUGACACUUGGGAAGAGAUGAAAGUUGUGAUGAGAAAACGAUUUGUUCCUAGUCACUACUACCGUGAUCUCUAUCAGCAAUUGCCGGGCCUUACUCAAGGGUCCAAAAGCGUUAAGGAUUAUCACAAAGAGAUGGAAAUCGCAAUGGUUAGAGCGAAUGUGGAAGAGGAUAGAGAAGCAACUAUGGCACGGUUUCUGUAUGGCUUAAAUCGUGAUAUAGUUAAUGUGGUACAGUUGCAGCAUUGUGUGGAAUUAGAAGAUAUGGUGCAUAUGGUGAUGAAAGUAGAACAACAACUUAAGCGUAAAAAAGCCACCAGCAAAACUAGACAAAAUUCAGAUUCCUCAUCUUCUUGGAAACUUAAUUGGAGCAAAAAGGAAGAAAAUUAUGCUUUUAAGCCUAAAACUGCAGCAUCUAAGUCAAAAAAAGUUGGCAGCAAUGAGAAGAGUAAAACAGAUAAUACGCAAGGCAAAAACCGAGACAUCAAGUGUUUUCGAUGCUUGGGAAGAAGGCACAUUGCAUCGCAAUGCCCUAAUAAGCACACGAUGAUCUUGAGAAAAGAUGGAGAAAUUGAAAUUGAGGGUGAAUCUGAUGAUGAAUCUAUGCCACCAUUAGAAGAUGCUAAUGAUGGUGUGGAAUAUGCCGUUGAUGGAAAACUGCUCGCCACUAUGCAAGCUUUGAAUGUGCAAGCCAAAGAAGAUUAUGAAGUAUAACAUGACAAUAUAUUUCAUGCAAGGUGCCAUGUCAGAAACAAGAUCUGGGUUGAAAACAACAUACAACAAGCAAAUCAAAGCUUGGAUGAUUAUCAAGGCAUGGUAAACAUCAUUCAGGUUUAAAAGAAGCUUAGCUGAGGUCAUUUGCACGGAAUUACACAAUUUGCGUCAAAAUCGCACAAUUAAACCGCAAUUUGUAGCAAACUAAUAUUUCGUGUUAUUUUAGGUUAUUUUUAGUGAUUUUCACGUUUUUUGUAUUAUUUUUGAGUUGAACAUUUGCUUAUUUGAAGCCCAAUUCGUGGUUAUUAGAACUUUACAGAACUUAUUCUUGUGGCAUUCUAACUUGACUUAUCAUUCUCGUUCUUAAACAUUUCGAAGGUGUGGCGUCAACCAACUUUAUACCUCUGGUUAUUGUUGCGUCACAGACAACGGAUCAAGGUUUUUACCUUUGGUUCUUGUUGCGACAUUUAGUUUUCUUGGAGUUUAGAAAUCCCUUGUCGUGCUGUGGGUCUCAUUGUUCUUUUUGGGGUUCUCAUCAUUUGCCCUUUGUGUAAAAAGAAUAAUAAUGUGCAUGACUGCUG